GGUCCUAAUAUCCCUUGCCCUCUGCGCAGAUGCAGUUAUAGGAAAUGUACAGGAAAAAGCUAUGAAGUUGCACAAUGGUUCUAAUUCAGAAAUGGUUUUGUAUUCCUAUUCAAUAGGUUUUGUGUAUAUUUUAUUUGGAUUAACAUGCACUAGUGGAUUAAGCCCUGCAGUAACAUUUUGCUCAAAGCACCCGGUUCAGACUUACGGUUAUGCAUUCCUGUUCUCCCUGACUGGGUAUUUUGGAAUAUCCUUUGUUCUAGCGUUGAUUAAAAUCUUUGGUGCCCUUCUGGCUGUAACAGUAACAACAGGAAGAAAAGCAAUGACUAUUGUGCUUUCUUUUUUGUUCUUUGCAAAACCAUUCACGUUACAGUAUGUGUGGUCAGGCUUACUGGUUGUCCUUGGUAUAUUUCUUAAUGUUUACAGUAAGAAUAUGGAUAAAUUCAAACUGCCUUCACUGCACGGUCUUUGGAAAAAAAGUGUGGAAGAAAGAAAAACAAGGACGUUAUCACAAACUGUAUAGACGGUGGCUUAUGCCUUGGCUAGACUAAGACUUAUUAUUUUAUUGGAACAGUCUUCAACUGAUUCACUUUCCAAAGGGAACACUAUUAAAACCAAAGGAGCUGAAGGCAUAUUGUCUGCUUGCAAGUUGCUAGAAAUGCACAUUUUUGUGAGCCCUUUCUUCAGAGCACUUGAAUUCGUCGUAAGAGGUGGUGUGGGCUAUUGUUAUGUGGCUUUGUCAGGCAAUGAAGGACAGCAGCUCCUGGCAGACUGCUGAGAAGCUGUGCUCCAAGUGGGACAUGGCCGAAGACUAAUUUGGGCAUUUCAAUAAUAUCGGUCGUGUGGCUGAUCUGAGAUUAGUGGUUCUUUGUUAAUUGUCUAGUCAGCGUAAUUUAAAUGUAAUACUGUAUUAAUAUUGAAUGGAACCCAAUCAGCAACUGGUUGAUCAAAUUGUGACUUUUAAAGGUGGAAGAUUUAGGGUCUGAUAUGUUGUUACUAUUUUUCAAUAAAAAUGUUGGGGUUUUUUUUA